GGCGUAAAAUGUCAAAAACUUGGGUAUUUUGGAUAUACGAGUUCAUAAACCCAAGAGAACUUUAUCAUAUUAAAUUAAUCCAAAAAUUGUAAUCAAUCAAACCCUUAGGUCCAAUAGUUAGACCACGAAGAACCCUAGAAAGAAAUUUCACUUACCAAUUUGUUAAAAACAGUUUAAACGUUCCUAACCUAUAAAUGAUAGCUGGAAGCCUCCAAAAAUCGGCGAAAGUCAUACGUUUAGUUCAUUCACUAGUUAGAGACACAUUUAAAUGGCCAAUAAUGGUUUAGGAAGUUCCAAACAAGACAACUCGGGUCUCAUCACUCACACAAACUUGGAAUGCAAGAAUCUUUAUGACUAUUUGAGGACUCGGCCACAAAAUGUGUUAGAAACACUUUAUAAUCAUCCUGCGAUAUGUUUAGCAGUGUAUAGAGAGUUGCCUGAAUUAGCUCGUCAAUAUGUUAUAAGGAUCCUAUUUGUAGAACAGGCUGUGCCCCAAGCAGUUGUAGCCUCCUGGGCUAGUGCCGCUUAUGCACAAGAACAUGGCUGUGUUACCAAAGUUCUAACGGAAUUGAAUGUGUGGGUAGAGGAGUUGCUCACCGGAGGACUUGUUGGCUGGAUAUUAUCCCCCACUUUCAAGAAAAAUCUUAAGAUUGCUCUUCUUGGAGGUGGAAAGCCAUGGAGCAUGUCAGCUGCUUUGGAACCAGACAAGAAUGCCAGAGAUAUAGCUUUUUUGGAUUCUUAUUCCUCAGAAAGAUGGGAGUGUGUCCUACAUUAUAUGGUGGGGUCGCAGCAACAAGAGGGUAUAUCUGCAGAUGCAGUGAGGAUCCUGCUUCAUGCAGGUCUCAUGAAAAGGGAUGAAGAAGAUGGAAGUCCAGUUAUCACUAGACAUGGUUUCCAAUUUCUGCUGUUAGAUAGGCAGUCUCAAGUGUGGCAUUUCUUGUUACAAUACUUGGACACCAUUGGAGAAAGAGGCCUGGAUUUGGUAGAAUGUCUCACAUUUUUGUUCCAGUUAAGUUUUAGCACUCUAGGAAAGGAUUACAGUACAGAAGGAAUGAGCCCUGGUCUCUUAAUUUUUCUUCAGCACUUGAGAGAGUUUGGACUUGUUUAUCAAAGACGGAGAAAAGCAGGUCGUUUUUAUCCAACUAGGCUGGCUCUGAAUAUAACCAACAGCCAAAAUAAAAACAUCCCUAUUUUGGAGGAGGAUGCUCCCAAGGGGUAUAUCAUAGUAGAAACAAAUUACAGGGUAUAUGCUUAUACUGAUUCAAAUUUGCAAGUUGCUCUUAUAGCCUUGUUUACUGAGCUCAUGUACAGGUUUCCGAAUUUAGUGGUCGGAGUAAUUACAAGAGACUCAAUUCGACAAGCAUUAAGAGGCGGAAUAAGCGCGGAUCAAAUUAUCAGUUAUCUAAAACAGCACGGGCAUCCUCAGAUGUUGACUAUGGACCCAAAGAAUCCUCUGCCUCCAACUGUGGUUGAUCAGAUAAAACUAUGGGAGUUAGAAAGGAACAGACUGACUUACCAUGAGGGAGUGUUGUAUAGUCAAUUCUUGUCACAAGCUGAUUUUAACGUCUUAAAAGAAUACGCCCAAUCAAACAACGUUUUAAUCUGGUGUAACAAAGAACGACGAACGUUGGUGAUCCAGAAAAACGCCCACGACGACGUCAAGAAAUUUUGGAAAAAAUAUUCUAAGGGUAGUUAGUUGUAUGUAUGAGCGAAUGUGUAAAUUAUUGUUUUAAUAUAGCCAUCUUUGAUAUAA